UUGAAUGCGUUGAUUCGAAUGCCAGAUACCUGAACUGUAGGAGACCGUGGUUCCGACGUCGUGAAAGUGCGUUGACCCCCUCACGUUGACUCUGAAGAGUGAGUUGCCGUGACACCAACCCUCGUGCCAUCAUGCACCAUGGAAGCGAUGAGCAAUAUUUACAUCGCAACUAUUCCUCGACGCUGACUAUUGUCGAAUCAUCCAGGUUGAAUCCUUGCGCCACUGAAACCCUUACUUCUAUUCCGAGCUUCAUUCACGCCCUUCGACCUUGGUAGCCAUCAACGCUCCUGAACCACAUUCCUGCCCGUCCUCAAAACCGGCCCCACCUUUUCUCACACCACUCAGCCGUCAUAUAUUCGAUCCUUCCGGACGCCCCCUCCUCAAGAUGAUGUCCACACCUUACGAAUUGCGCGCAGCGGAUGGCAAGAGCAAGAAGCAAAGCAUGGCCGAGCUCAAACUGCGACGAUUGACAGAGUUGAACUCCCGACUGAAGGAGGACUUGGAGCGGAGACGGAUACCCGUGUCGGAAGCGGCGCAAGACUUGAUCAACUUCACGGAGAAAGAACCGAAGGACUUCAUGGUACCCAGCCGAUGGGGAACGGUCAGCAAAGGCGAAGACCCAUACGCACCGCAACAGACCAACGGUUGCUGUAGCGUCAUGUAAAACACGGA